CACGACCCAACCCAAGUACACAGUUCGUCCCAGUAUCGUGCGACAUCAUGUCCUCCGAGGCACGCCUUUACACCUUCUCUGACGAGACCAAGACCAAGUUGCGAAAAUUCCGCCUCGGCACAAGUCGAGCCAAAGACGCACAAGCUGUCAUCUACGAGAUCGAUAAGAAGACGCUCGAAGUCCGACCGGUAGACGACCAAGUCUACUCGGAUGUCCAGAGUCUCGCCGACGAGCUCCCCGACCAUGCCCCGCGGUUUGUGCUUCUAAGCUACCCGUUGACGCUCGACUCGGGACGACUAUCGGUGCCCUACGUCAUGCUAUACUAUCUGCCCAUCACUUGCAACAGCGAGGUCAAGAUGCUGUAUGCGGGCGCAAAGGAGCUCAUGCGGAACACAAGUGAAGUUGGCCGCAUCAUUGAGAUUGAUAGCGCCGAAGACCUGGAAGAUAUCGAGGACAAGCUCAAGGAAAGCGCAUAGAGUAUAGGUCGGAGGCAGACCGGAUGCGCCUAGCACACGCGCUCCCAUGUCCGAAAAUGGCCGGUCGACUACUAUCAUUACGUAUCGGCACCCCAUGAUUCAAUCAAGCACUCACUUCGCCAACAUGCCGAAGAUCCCGAUGUGUCGUCGAAUGUUAUACCUACAACUGCAAGUCAUCUUGCAGGUUCCAGACCCAUCACUACAGGGAUUUUGUUUUGCACGCCAUCUGACGGCUGUCGGCAGCACCAGCUCUUGGCGUUCAGAGCUAGCCGCCAGCACCUACCUGGCCAAGGCCGCUUAAGUGCUAACGGUCGUUAGGUGUAAGAAGUGUGUCCAGCUCCUCUAGUAUCUUCAAUACAC